GUGAAGACGUGUUUAUUCACAGAUUUCAUACAAGUUUAAAUCCUAUAUAUGUGGAUAUUACAAACAUGUUUUCAAAAUAUCUUAAACUGAAUUAAUUUAUCAGUUUUUCGUAUCUUAAAAUAAAUUAAAGACUGUUCUUUCGCCGAGCAUAUAUGCAGUUAUCAUAAAUUGAUGAAUCAGAAUGGGAUCUUGUUUGUCACGGAUAAGGCGCCAUGGAGUAAAUGACGAACGGACAACUAUAUGGUACACUGGUAACACUGGAGAACAAACCGUUCAUGCAACAAACCCCGACGGCUCUACAGAUGCACGUUAUGCUGAACAGGCCCGUCAAACAACGUCAAAAAGCAGUCGCUUCGGACGUUUCCGAAAUAUUUUUAAGCGUAAACCUUACAAAGAACUUGAGGACAACGGUGAAGAGAUGAAAGAAGAAAAAAAACUUGAAGCAAAGGAGCUGUCCUUGAUAGCCGAAAAUAUUGGACAAAACUGGGAAAUAUUGGGAUCACAUCUUGGAAUAAAUCCAGCAACAAUAGACCAAAUUAAAAUGGAUCAUAGGUCAGCAAGGAUGCAGAUUUUCUAUAUGCUAUUAAUAUGGCAACAACAGUAUGGACCUGAUGCUACACUGCAAACCCUAUUGUUUGCUAUGAAGGACGCAGAGUCUGUGUAUAUCAACUGGAAUGGCAUUAAAGAUAACAUAGCUAUGGCAAGAGAUAUUGGCGACGUUCCAAGGGAAAAAACAGAAGAAGAACGAACUUACGAAACCCUCAGAAAGCAACUUGAGGACGAUUUGAUUAUAUUUAACAGAAUCCAACACAGAACUAUUUCACUUUCGCCUCUACUGGAAGAAAAGGACACAGAUCUUCUUGACUUUUAUGUCGUGCCAGAAAUGAAUUCUACUGAAGUACAUAAGUAUGGUAUACAUGAUAAUGAAAUCCCUAAACCUGUUAGGUCUCUAGAAGACAUAUUCGAUGACAGCGAACGAGGCCGGGAAAUAUAUCUGACUGCUGAUGCAGGAAUCGGGAAAACAGCUUUUUGCAAACGACUUGCUGUCAUUUGGUGUUAUGCACAUUCACCUGUUGAUCAUAAUUUAGAGCACUUCACCAAUGAUGAUUUGAACGUUAUGUUGAGUUUUAGAUUUUUAUUUUUGGUAUCAUUAAAAGAUUCAAACAAUGAAUAUUUUAUAGAUGACAUGAUCUUUCAGCAAGUAGUAAGCCAGUUAUCCCAUUCAUCGAAAUACACAAAACAAAAUCUACAAGACAUCCUCCAUCAAGAACGCUGUCUUGUUAUACUAGAUGGUCUAGACGAAUGGUCAUAUCAGGGAUUGCAUCAUGGAAAUGCACGAGUAAAUGUACCACGCCGAAACGCACGGGAAUGCUGUACUAUACUUACCACAACAAGGCCGUGGAAAUUAAAUUUAGUAGAGCUGAAAGAAAGUCAGAUUGACAAAAAGGUAGAACUUAGACAUCUUAGCAAAAAAGCAACACGGGAAUUGAAAAUAAAUGCAAUUGCAAAGAUCAAACGUGUCCGAAAAGAUGAUGCCAAAGUCGAGUUAGAAAAGUUUGACUCCGAGAUAGAAGAUAAAGGAUUCAAAGGUCUGGAUAAAAUUCCACUUUUUUUGUUGUAUCUUCUAUGUUUAUGGUGCAAAGGGGAACAUUUAGGGCGAUCGAAAUGUGAAUUGUAUGCUAACAUCGUAAGGCUUCUGCUUUUGCUUAGUGAAGAAAAACAUAGAAAUAUUUUCCCAUUUGAGUUGCGACCUGAAACAUUACAAGUUUACAAAAGCGAUCAGGAAGAUAUGCCUAAAAGCUACAUUUCACAAAUCUAUUCAGAAAAGUUCUAUCCGUUCCUGAAAUCACUAGGGCAAUUAGCAUUUAAAACACUAUUUGCUAGGUCUGGAGAAAAAACUUUAGUAUGCGAUUCUGUACUUCUUAGAAUAUAUAUUCCAGAAAAAUAUUUGAACUUCGCUCUUUCUUCGGGAAUAUUAACACAGAGUAAAGUAUAUGAUGAACUAUUACGACGAGAGUCAAAUGUGUCAUUCGCGCAUGAGAUGCUCCAUGAAUUCUUUGCUGCUGUUUAUAUGCAGUCUAUAAAAGAGCGUGAUCUUGUUGAUAAAGCAGCUAUGUCUUCAUGCACAUCAAUUCAAAAUGUACUAGAACUGUCAAAUGUAUUUGUUUUUCUCAGUGGGAUGAAUCCUGAUACAUUAAAAGCUCUUUCGAGCCUUGUCAUGGACAUUUUGUCCCAAGAUGCUACAGUUCUUGAUUACAGAUGCACGGCAUAUUACUCUGACUACAACACGACUGUUUUACCGCUGAAUGACAUACAAGACAUGUACAUUGCAUGUAUGAAUGAAAACCUGAAAAACAACUGCGGAAGUUUAAAUAUACUUUUACAAGAUGUUAUAAUUGACAGCGACUGUAAUAAUGAAAAAUAUUUGGUCGUUUUAAAAAAUCUGAUAAAAAUGAAUGAACUAAACAUCAAAUCAGUAUUUAUUGACCUACGGCAGAUGCCUGACUUGUAUACUGAUUUGAAAUGCUUCGGAUUAGAUAAAUUAAGUAAACUUGACAAACUUUUCUUUAAAGGGGUGUGGCCCGAAAGUUACACAAGUCGGCUUUUAUCAGGAUCUUGCCGCUCAUUGAAAAGCUUUACAAUUAUGUCAGAUGAUACAGAUACCCCAAACACGCACAACACAUGGACAUAUACAUUAUCAAAUAUGCUUAGUCGUAUGUGCGAAUUGCAGGCUAUAGUCCUGGACUGUUUCAGUAUACGUCACAUUCACAUAGAGACACUUUUAAGAUAUCUAACAGGUAGAACAAGAAUGACAGAGAUACUUCUAUAUAGGCUUAACUGUUCUGACGAUAAAACCACGUGUAGUGGCUGCGAACUAGAUUUGUCCAGGCAUGAGGAUAUGAAGGUGCUAGCGCUACAUGAUAUACCUUUGUCAAAAUUGCAUUUAAAUGUUUCCUCGUUAACUGUUUGCGAAGUAGGGCAAUUUUCAAAUGCCGCCAUUGCUAAAGAAUAUUUUAGAAAUCUUCGAAAAGUAAGUAAAAUUGAAACAUUUACUUGCUUUGAUUUAGGAUCUUCAGACUGCAUCAAAGAAAUGCUGCAAACACUGCCUUACCUACACAGGGUGAAAGAUGUCAGGAUCUCGGGCAUUAAUCUAGGAGAAAAAGAUCUGCCGCUGUCUCCACUGAUGUCGAAUAUUGAAUCCGUUCUGUUGAAUAAUGUAAAGUUGUCAAGCUCCUGUUUUCGUGAUCUAGUUUUGAAAGUUCAGAAGUAUAAACAGAUGGUUACAGUGGAACUCAAUGACUGCCAAGUAACACCCGAAGUCGAGUAUAGAAAUGUGAUGUCAGAUAUAGCGACAUCAGACACAUUUUUAUUAAAUUCGGAUGAAAGAAAUGCGUUGAACAAGCAUAAAGUAUCUUUUGACAAACUUCUAUCAGGUGACUAAACAGGGUAGAUUUACUUCAAUAAUCAUUUCUAAAUGCCUAAAAUAUGGACUGAAAAAAGGGUAAUAUAAUCAAACUUUCGAAUGAUAAGUUCAAAAUCGAAAAAUGACAAUGGUCAGUGACAAAAACAAAGUUAGGAGACAUGUUCUGAAUCAGCGAAAUAGUCUUUCAAAGGACCAUACAAAGAUUACAGAACUAAUGGUAUAUAAAAAUUUUUGGGUGUGGACUUAGCUAAUCUAAGAUGUAAACAUGGACGGAUAUGUUUACAGUCUGCCUUUCGGUGGUUAAUGUUUUUGUUUGUUAUUUUUUUUUCUAUUUUCAGCGAAUAAACGAAAAGGAUUACCAAU